AUGACGUCGACCGCGGGGUUGAGCUUUGCCGGGUAUCCUCACUCUCUUCUCGCUCGUCGCUCUUCCUCUUUCCUUCUCCUCCCCUCCUUCUCCUCGUCAAUUGAUCUCUCAUACAUCCCUAUCUCUUCUUCCGCUUCUGCCUCGGCUGCCCCGCUCCGAAGGUCCCUCUUCUCGUCGCUCAAACAACCUCGACCGAUUUCCAGUUUCCGUUCAAUCCAUUGCUCCUCCGCAAACAUGUCUGGCGUUAGCAAGGCUUGCUGCUCCAUCCCUCCCGUCGUGGCCAAGAACUACCAGGCCAAGGGUGAAUACAAGACCAUCAAUGGCCUGAAGACCUACGUCACCGGCCCCGAAGACGCCACCAAGGCGAUCCUCGUCAUCUAUGAUAUCUUCGGCUUUUUCCCCCAAACGCUCCAAGGCGCAGACAUCCUCUCGACAUCCAACUCGCAAAAAUACCGCGUCUUCAUCCCCGACUUCUUCGAGGGCCAACCCGCCGACAUCUCCUGGUUCCCGCCCCAAACCGACGACCACAAGGCCAAGCUCGGCAACUUCUUCCAGACCAAGGCCGCCCCGCCCGCCACUUUGGCGCGGAUCCCCAGCGUCGUCGACGAGGCCAACAAGCUCGCGCCCGCCGGGAAGCCCUUCGACUGGUCGAUCCUCGGAUACUGCUGGGGCGGCAAGAUCGCGACGCUGGCGACCGGCCAGGAGAACAAGACGUUCAAGGCCGCCGUGCAGUGUCACCCGGCCAUGCUGGCCCCGGAUGACGCUAAGUCCGUGAAUGUGCCCAUGGCGCUGUUGGCGUCGAAGGACGAGAACGCGUCUGACGUGACGGCGUUCGGGGAUAACUUGACGAAGCCGCACUACGUGGAGACGUUUACUAGCCAGAUCCAUGGGUGGAUGGCGGCGCGGUCGGAUUUGGAGAAUGAGGAGGUGCGCAAGGAGUAUGAGAGGGGGUAUCGGACUGCGUUGGACUUUUUGCAUCAGCAUGCUUAG